CACAACCCAAAACUUCUACUACAUUAGCCAAGAGCUUUUCUAGGGAUUUUCAGAUAUAAAACAAUGAAGCUGAACACCAGAAUUCCACCAGAAUCAACGGCAAAAUGGGUGAGGAAAUUAGAUACAAGCAAGUGAUACUCAGCAACUAUGCCAAAACAUCUGUGAAAGAAUCCGAUUUGUCGCUGAGAACUUCCAAAAUUCAUCUCAAAAUUCCCUGCGGUUGCGACGGCGCCGUUUUGGUGAAGAAUCUCUACUUAUCCAUCGAUCCUUUUAUUCUUGCCCUCAUGAAGAAUCAGGAGCUCGAUUUACCUUCUUUCACACUGGAUUCUGUAAGUUUAGUUUUACCUAUUUAUGGAUUUGGAGUGUCGAAAGUACUGGAUUCGUCUCAUCCAAAUUUCAAGACGGGCGAGCUAGUUUGGGGGUUUACUAGCUGGGAGGAGUAUAGCCUUAUUAAAGAUCCAGACCAAUUGUUUAAGAUUCAAGAUAAAGAUUUGCCCCUCUCUUAUUUUAUAGGGAUUCUUGGCAUGCCUGGCAUGACAGCUUAUGUUGGUUUUUUCAAGUUUUGCUCUCCCAAAAAGGGGGAAACUGUGUAUGUCUCUGCUGCAUCCGGAGCUGUUGGUCAGCUCGUUGGUCAGUUUGCAAAGAUCGCAGGGUGUUACGUUGUUGGGAGUGCGGGGAACAAAGAAAAGGUCGAUCUCUUGAAGAACAAAUUCAGGUUUGACGAAGCAUUCAACUACAAAGAAGAGCAAGACUAUAAUGCAGCGUUGAAGAGGUACUUCCCCGAUGGCAUCGACAUCUACUUUGACAACGUGGGAGGGAAGAUGCUCGAAGCGGUGCUAAACAGCAUGAGACUCAACGGCCGUGUUGCGCUUUGUGGGAUGAUCUCCCAAUACAACAGCCUUGAGCAGCCCGAAGGCGUCCACAACUUGAUUAACGCAUUAGUAAAACGGGUCCGUAUGGAAGGAUUUUUCACUAGCGACCACUACCAUCUCUACCCCAAGUUCCUGGAGAUAGUUGUGCCUCUAAUCAAGGAAGAGAAGAUCACAUACGUCGAAGACAUAGCCGAAGGCAUUGAAAGCGCGCCUGGGGCUCUCUUUGGCUUAUACUCCGGUCGCAACGUAGGGAAGCUGUUGGUGGUGGUUGCUCGUGAGUAAUUCUGUUUUUACCAUCGGAAACAAGGAAGGACUUAAAUAAGGUUAUAAUCAUGAAUUAUAAAUAUAUGAUCAUGAAUUUGAUGUAUUGUUAUUAAUUUAAACAGGUAGCACCUCCAAUCCUCCAUUUCUUAUUUAUCUCUUCCCUUCACUA